CCCACCCCGUGUGUGUGUGUGACGGUGUGAGUGUGGCGCGGCGCGGUCGGGGUCGGGUUCAAACACUGUCCAUGUAAUGUUGAAUGUUUGAUCGUUUCCAAUUUUGUUCAUGUUCUUAUAUUUGACAUCUACAGAAUGUCCGUGUCUGUUGAUUCUUUGCUAUGGCUUACACUUGUUGGCUUCUUAUGGGGAGGCACCAAUCCAUUUCUGAAGAAAGGCGCCACAGGAAUGGAUAAAGUUGAGGGAAAUAAUAUUAUUGCUCGUUUAUGGAAGGAAGUUUAUUUGCUGCUCUUGAAUUGGAAGUAUAUGAUACCUUUUCUUCUUAAUCAGUCGGGGUCAGUAGUAUACUUCCUCACCCUUCAAAAUACAGAAAUGUCCGUUGCAGUUCCCAUAGCAAACUCACUGACAUUUGUUUUCACUGCAAUUUCUGGCUGGUUUCUCAGCGAAGGCAUACCUAAUGCAAAAACAUUUAUUGGGAUUGCCCUGGUUUUGAGUGGAAUAUCUCUAUGUGUUUUUGAAAAAUCAUCUUAUACCGCAUGAUAAUGUCAACCUGAAAAGUUCAAUUAAGAUGCAGAAUUGAAUUGAAUUGUUUAUAGUUCAUCCAAAUAUACAAGUAUACAAGCCAUAAGAGUAUAUAAGAAACAAAAUGCCAAAAUAAACAAAAUAACAUAGAAAAUAAACAUGGAAAGUAAGCAUAGAGAAGCCUGUAGAAGCCUACUUUAUUAGUUUUCUUUCUAUAAUUAAAACAAUGUAACUAAACCUUAA